GCUCCAUGUGACAAAACAACCUCGAAACCCACCGCAGGCUCCAAAUCCAGCUGUAAAUGUGCCUUUUAUGACCCGAAAUGGUUUAAAUUCGUGCUUUAGCGUGACAUUAUCGUACACCGAGCGUCGUGUGUAGUAUGAACCCGGCUUACAGCACGUUUAAGUCCGUUACUUUACUGUUUUCCAAAGGUAGAUCCCGUUUCCCUGCGGCUCCUGCGGCUCUUCCCUCACGCGUUUUCCAGCUGAUCCGCAAAAUGGCGACUCAGAACGGCUCUAAUGUGAACCAAAACAGCGGUAACAUGGAGGGGAGACAGCAGAAGAAGGCGAAGCUGAAGGAGCCGCUGCGGAGAACCAAGACGAAGGAGAACCGUCAGAAGCGCGGGGACGUGCACGGGCCCGCCACCGUGUACGUGCAGGUGGUGGGCGCCGGGAGCAGGGACAACCCCGCCUCCCUCUACGUCUUCUCCGAGUUCAACAGAUAUUUGUUUAACUGUGGAGAGGGCACGCAGCGGCUCAUGCAGGAGCACAAAUUAAAAGCUGCGCGUCUCGAUAACAUUUUCCUCACUCGUCUGAGCUGGGCCAAUGUGGGAGGCCUCUCAGGGAUGAUCCUGACUCUGAAGGACACUGGAGUCCCGGAGUGUGUUCUGUCUGGACCUCCACAACUGGAAAACUAUCUGUCUGCCAUAAAGUCAUUCUCUGGACCCCUGAACGACAUCAGGCUUUCGGUGCGUCCGUAUACAGAGGAGACCCACACUGAUGAGACCAUGACAGUGACACAGGUGCCUAUAUUCGCUCGAGCGAAGAGUCCCAAAAGCACCUCACCGAACUCCAGCAGCAACCGAGCAGGAGAUGAUGGAAACUCCAAAUUCAGCAGAGACCCCUCACUGGUCGUGGCCUUUAUCUGUAAGCUUCAUCCAAAAAAGGGGAAUUUUCUGGUCUCUGAAGCCAAAGAGCUGGGCCUGCCUGUAGGCACGGCAGCGAUCGGGCCCCUGAUCAAGGCGCUGAAGGAGGGUCGCAGUGUGGAGUUUGAGGGGAGAGAGAUCCGUCCGGAGCAGGUGUGUACGCCCACAGACCCAGGUCCAGUGUUCCUGGUUUUGGAGUGUCCCUCAGAGGAGUUCAUCCCAGCGCUGUGCUCCAACCCACGACUGCACAGACAUGUGUCGGGGACAGAGGACCCGGCCGCUCUCGUGGUUCACAUUUGCCCAGAGUCUGUUCUGAGCUCAGAGCGGUACCAGCACUGGAUGGAGAGUUUUCCUUCAUCGACGGAGCACCUGAUCCUGAAUGAAAACACGUGCACAGUUCAUAACGUACGAAGCCACAAGCUGCAGACUCAGCUCCACAUGAUCCACCCAGAGGUGUUCCCCAAACUGCAGGGGGUCACGGCCAAGGAGCCUCAGGCUGCGUUGCACAUCCCAAACGUCAGAGCCGAGUGUUUGCUCAAGUAUCAGCUCCGACCGAGCUCAGGCUGGAACAGAGAUGCGAUUCCGGUGUGUGACGAGGAGCAGUUUGUGCGAGAGGCGUCUGAGGUCCCUCUGUUUGUGGAGGAGGUGGAGAAGAGCAGGAGGCUGUGGAAACAGCAGUCGGAGGUCACAGAUGCAGCGCUGUAUCCAGAGGUGGUGUUUUUAGGCACAGGUUCAGCUCUGCCCAUGAAAACCAGGAACGUCAGCGGCACUUUACUCAACAUCAGCCCAUCCCAGUCCCUGCUGUUGGACUGUGGAGAGGGGACGUUUGGUCAGCUGUGCCGUCACUAUGGAGACCAGGUGGACGAGGCGCUGUGUAAGAUCGGCUCUGUGUUUAUAUCGCACAUGCACGCCGACCACCACACGGGGCUGCUCAAACUCCUGUACCAAAGGGAGAGAGCUCUGUCUUCUGUGGGUAAAGAGUUCAGUCCAGUGUUUCUGAUGGGGCCCGGUCAGCUCAUGUCGUGGCUGAACCAGUACCACGAGGCCUGUGAGGACAUCCUGAAGCAUGUCAGCUUCAUCCCAAACAGGAGCCUCUGUGCAGACGCGGACGGGACCAAACCCAGGACCCAGAACCUCAUCCAGGCCCUGCUCAAGAAGAACAGUCUGGACAAGUUUGAGACGUGCCUGGUGCGUCACUGUAAAAACGCCUUCGCCUGCUCGCUCUCCCACAGAUCUGGCUGGAAACUCUCCUUCUCCGGGGACACGAUGCCCUGUGACGCUCUGGUCAACAUUGGACGAGACUCGACGCUGCUGAUCCACGAGGCAACACUAGAGGACGCUCUGGAGGAGGAGGCUGUGGAGAAGCGACACAGCACCACGUCUCAGGCCAUCGCAGUCGGGAUGAAAAUGAACUCCGAGUUUAUAAUCCUGAAUCACUUCAGCCAAAGAUACGCCAAGAUCCCCCUGUUCAGCCCAGACUUCACGGAGAGAGUGGGCAUCUCCUUCGACCACAUGAGGGUGAGUUUCAGAGACCUCAAACUCCUGCCCGUCCUCACCCCGGCUCUGAAGGCUCUGUUUGCGGAAGACCUGAGUGAGAUGGAGGAGGAGAGAGAACGACGAGAGCUGAGGAACCCAAAAGUAUCCGCCUCACCCCAAACGUCUGCCUCACCCCAGAGGGACGCCCUGCAGAGUCCAGCGCUGCAGACAGGGGGUGCUAAACGAGAGGCAGAGACUCUCACCACAGACAGCAAGAGGCUAAAGACCAGCUGAACACUCAACAGUUAGAAGAGAUGUUUUAGUUUUAUUUAAAUGAAUUAUUAUUUUUGAAUGCAGUGAAGUAGUGUACAGUUAAAAUUCACUUACAACAUUAAAGGCGUACUGUGUAACUUUUUUUCACCUGUUUGUCUCCAUGGUGAUUGUGCAGUUUCGCCCGGAAUGUUUCACAGUAUGGCAUUACACUUAUUAUCAUUACAGUGUUUUGAAUACAUCCUAGGAGGAAGAACUUUGGACCACAGUUUUUAAGACAGUAAAAAUCACAUUCUAUACAGUACAGUGGAACAUUCCAGGCAAAGCAAUAACAUCUCCAGAGCGACAGAACCUCAUUGGGGAAAGUUACAGAGUGCCCCUUUAAAUGAUCAAAUGUACAGUUAUAUUGUGUUUUAUGAUUUGAGCAAAAUGAACCUUGAGAUGUGCAGUGAUGAAGUCAUGUUGUUAGUGGCUCAUAGAUUCAAAUGCACUGGUUUAAUAAAGUCAAUUAUACUUUCA